CACCUAUAUUUUUGCCUGAUUUAGAUAUAACGGCACCCGAUCGUCACAUUCAGGGUUCAUAUACGGUCAUGAAAAACCUGGAAAAGUCAUGGAAUUUUAAAACCGCAAUUUCCAGGCCUGGAAAGUUUUGGAAAAAUAAAUAAACCCAGAAAGUUUUGGAAAAGUCAUGUUUCACAAUUCUAUGUACAGUAGAAUUAUGUUUAAUCAGGUCCUGAAUUUCGGUCUGGGAUUGCGCAUAUAUUCCCGCAGCUUUCGACUUUAAAAUGAGGGAAAUUCCUGCAAAACAUUUAUUCAAUAUAGCGUGUAGGUUAGAUGAGUAAAUAAAUUCACACAACCAGUCAUUUGAAAACAGCGUGAGUGAUUCAGCUGAACCUCGUCGUCUCUCUUUGACCUUCUCUUCACAUCUGCUGCACGCUGCGAUACAAGACUUUAGCUCGCGUUUCGGUACAGCUGACAGAAUUGUCAAUUGCCUAAUCGGUCAUUGUUGCAUCGUCACAGAAAUGUAUUAUUUGCACGUCUUUUUAAGUCUUUCGGUACUCGUGCGCUCCAGAGGCGCUUUUCUGUGCGCUGCAGUCACAUCCAAAGCGCGCGCUGCGAACAAACAAACACAGCUUGUUGCGCUUAAGUGGCCAAAUACACACAAAAUAACGUCAAAAUGGUCGUAAGCAUUGUCGGGUUUGUCUUAAGUUGCGAACGCAUAUAUGUAUAAGUAUUGGAUCCGUGAAACAGGUCUUGUGACAGCAGCCUAAUAAAGCUGUGCCGUCUGUCAUUAAUGUUAAUCAAACAACAAAAGACAGAGGAAAUCCCUCACUGCUCUUGACUAAAUAAUGUUUUGUGGAAUAACUUUAAUAUGUUGAUUUACAGUUUAUUCAAUUUCUGUAUCCUAUUUAAAACAUUCAUAUUACAACUUCCUCGGCGCGUCGCGCAACAAGUGGCCUCACAAAAUGGCGAUUUUUCCCAUCAGCCACCGCGGCGCUAGAGCAGUGACGUCACGCCCCCAUCCCCUAUUAUGGAUGAAUUUAAAUGCUGAUAUUUAUGAAAAUGACCCUGAACUGCAGAAGAUCCGUGAAGAAAAGGGUUAUUCCUAUAUGGAUAUCAUCACGAUUCACCCAGAUAAACUUCCUGAUUAUGACAACAAAGUGAAAUUGUUCUAUGAAGAACAUCUUCAUCUUGACGAUGAGAUCCGCUAUAUACUGGACGGAUCGUCUUACUUUGAUGUGAGGGACAAAGAUGACCGCUGGAUCCGAAUAGCCAUAUCUAAAGGGGACCUUAUCACACUGCCGGCCGGGAUUUACCACAGAUUCACCGUUGAUGAAACCAACUACACUAAAGCCAUGCGUCUGUUUGUCGGUGAACCGGUCUGGAAGGCCUAUAAUCGUCCAGCUGAUGACUUUGACGCCCGUGAAGCCUAUGUGAACUCCCUCAGGUGCUCUUGAAGCGCUGAAUUAUCAGUCAACAUCGGUCAUGAUCAGGAGAAUCAAACUCUGCAGCGCCUUUAACAAACACUCAUGACGGGUUACAGUCAUGAAUACUAGAUCUAAUAAAUCAUUACUAAUGAUAAACACAUGAGUAUUUUGAUAGUUAUGGCGAUGAAUUGUAGUCCUGGAAGGCCGUGUUGGAUGGUGGUUGUUUAAUGGACUCAAGUUUUGUUCAUUACUUUCUAUUAAAAAAUGUAGGGAACCACUACAAACUGUUCAGUUUUCGUGAAUAAGAUUAAUUUGCUUUAUAUAUUUGUACUGAUUAUAAUAAAGUGAUGCUGCAAUGCAACAACACUGAACAAAUGGUCAUAUUAAUGAAGACAUGUAAGACAAAGUAAGUAAACUGUCUGAUUAUACAAGAAUGCGUUUGCCUGUAUGAUCACUAAUAUGCUUACAGUUUAGCACAUAAGUGUUUGUUUUACUAUUCAUACCACAACAGUAAAUAAGUGUCUUUAUAUAGAAAUAUUAUGCUAUUAAUUAGCUUAAAAGAGACUGACUCCUAAUUUGAUGAUCUAAAAGCAUUUCACAGAUUUCUUUGUUCAUUGAUUAAAUAAAACAAUAUUUUCUCUGCA